AUGAGGAUCAGUUCAGACAGUAACGGACGGACGGACGGAGACAUGGACGGGCUUCAUCCACACUUCACCGUGAGGACGUCCCUCAGCUUUCUGCUCCUGAUCCUGCUUCAAACAUCCACCGAGGCCGUGGAGCCAAUCUGUUCUGGCCCUCAAUCCGUGGAGUUUCCAGAAAACAACACAGUGGGUGCAGUUGUAGCAAAUAUCAUUGUCAAACCAGGAGUGACCCUUGAGUUCAGUCCUUCGUCUGACGAGCCCAACCCGUUCGAGCUCCAAGGAAAUCAGCUGAUAGCUGCAGCAGUGUUGGACUAUGAGACGGAGAAAAAUCACAUUGCCAGGAUCACCUGCACUGAGACAGCUACAAACCUGAAGGUGCUUGAGGAGAUCGUACAGGUUCUUCAGAAGAUUCUACAGAUGUCUGAGGAGCCUGUACACAUCUGUGAAAAACUGGUACAGGCGCUUGAGGAAGAUCUCCAGGUGCAAGAAGAGUUGAACUUCGUCAUUGUUGUAAUUUUGAUCAAUGAGAAUGAUAACAAACCAGUCUUUGACCAGAACCCCUACCAUAUUGAUGUCUAUGAGAUGUCUCCUGUAGGAAAAACCGUAGGCCGCUUCGUUGCCACAGACUUAGACCAACCCAAUCAGCUCUACUACACACUGACACCUGAGUCUGGCUUUGAACUGAAAUCACCUACCAACCCGGAUCUCCUCGUUAAGACACCUCUCGCCUACGAGAAAGUCAAAAAUGUCCGUCUGGUGCUGACUGCUCAGGACACACCGUUGGCAACAACAGAUGCCAGGCCUUCGUUUACCACCACCACCACCAUCAUGGUCACCAUCUUAGACAAGGACAACAGGCCACCGUGGUUCCAGCCCUGCAUCAUGCACGAGAUGGGGGGUGCUGUGAUCUGCCAGAGCACCGGCUACACCGGCAAGGUCGUCCUCAACGAACAAGAGACCGGACUGUUACCACUGAAACCGGGACCACUUUACGCCAUUGAUGGAGACUCUGCGAUAAAUGAAGCGAUAACAUACUCGUUUCUGAGCGGAAAUGAUGAGCUUCUUUUUGAGAUCAACCCCAACACCGGGAACAUCAGCAUGCUGAAGCCGGCCAGCAAGUUGGAGACAAUCAGUCUGACAGUGCUGGCUGCGCAGAAGACGAACAGUUACCAGUUUACCACCACCACCGUCUCAAUCAGUGUUCAGAAGAAGAGUCUCCACCUUCCUCAGUUUCAGAGGCCUAGCUACAGAGGCAUCAUCACCGGAGUGGGCUCCAUGGCUAUGGACCCAGAGAACAAGGACGCGCCGCUGCAGAUCAUCGCUACAGACGACGACUACACUACCACUGAUGGUCUAAAUCCCUACAUCACCUACUCCACUAUUGGGAACAAUGAUUUCUCGAUCGUUAACGGCCACUUAUUCAUGACUAAGGAUCUCCCAGAGGGCACGUUAUCCCUGCAAGUGAUGGCAAAAGAUACAUCAAACGAUGAAUCAGCUACAGCUCAGCUCUCGGUGAUGGUGACAUCAGGUUUCACCACCACCAGUUUGCCUCUGAGCACUACAGACAUUAUGACCUCAACAUCCAUAGGGGAAUCCACCACCAACAGCAAGACCACGGAAGAUAUCGUGUCCACCACCAACCCCACUAUGUCCACUGACAACAGCGUCUCAACUACCAUCCCCAGCACAACCAGUGAAAGCAUAACCUCCACCACAGACUCCACUAUGUCCACUGAGGGCAUGAUCGUACCGUCUGGCGGCUAUGGGCCAGUGGACAUGGCAGCACUCGGUGCGACCCUGGGUGUCCUGCUGUUAAUCUGUCUGGUGGUCAUCGGGGUGCUCGUCCAUCGCUUGCAGAAAGGCAAAGCAGACUGGAGGAAGAUCUAUGAAACCAACGUGUUUCGAAGCUCUUUGGUUAAAGGUUCAGGCAGUCCUAAGGAGGGCAUCCAGUACACCAACGAGGCCUUCGAGAACGAUGAAGAUGGAGGAAGCAUGGGCUCCGGUGGCCCAGACGGGGGGAUCAUAAUGGCUGGUAGAGAGCCACAAAAAGCAGUAGAGAGCAUCCCGCACAAAGAAGCCAUCAUGAAGUCUUUGGCACCACUGCACGCCUUCCUGUCUGACGACACCAGCAUGGCGGGCUCGGACAAGGCUGACAACGAGAAAGAUGUGAAACCGAUCCUGACCAAAGAGAGGCGCAUGGAGGAGGGAUACAAGUCAGUUUGGUUUAAGGAGGACAUCGACCCCAACGCCAUGGAUGAGGUGGUCAUCAUCCCAGACAGCAGAGAGGACGACAGCGAGGAGGAAGAGGACGAGUCGUCCAGCGAGCCAUCAAAACCCCCAAAGGUCGUCUUUGCCGAUUCAGAUCUGGACAGUGGACUCGGGGUGAAGCUGGAGGAGUCCGAUGGUUAUGACGCACUGACCACUGACCUUUGAUCUGGGAAAGGAGCCGAAAGACGAGGACAGAGCGGGAACCACCUAUAAUAAAAUGUUAAAUUAAUCUGCUGCAAGUCCUUAUCAGUCAUGACAGAGGAACAGUGAAAUAAAACAUGACUGAACACCUUAUUGAAAGAUUAAAAAAAAGUAAUGAUGACUCAGAUGUCUUAAUUUAUAAGCCUCACCCUGAGUAAAGUGCUUUGGAUUUGAAGUAAUUGAACAUUUUACAACUUUUAUUCUUUAUGUAAAUACUUUGUGUCGUAAUGAAUGCAGUGUACCCUGAUAAAGAUAUUAUGUUGGUGUAGUUUGAGUCUGCUGAGAUCAGUGUCUGUGAACUCCUAGUGGAGGAGAUUUUUGAAAUAAUGUGUAUUCAUUGAUUUAU